AUGGCACGCCGGCGCCUUAUGGGAGGGCAUGUACGAAUUGUGCUCGCGCCAAGUGCAGGUGUAUCUACCGGCUUGGCGGAACUGACUGUGAAAGAAUGUGUGCCUUCAGUCACGAUCCGGAAGCGUAAUGGCAAGAGGGCUCAUGUGUCCCGCGCUGCCCAGCUUGAGGCGAAGCUCGAGGACCUCGUCACCCUGCUCCGACAUCAGGCCGCCCCGACAGACAAAGUGCCGCCUCUCGGUGACACCGCCGGGAAUGUUGGCACUGGCACUCCUGCCCUGAGUUCUCGCUCAACGAUGAGCGAGUCGGAAGAAAGCACUCCCCACUCAGCUUCUCACGCCGUCCUCCCGCCUCAGCAACCCGAUUAUGGCUCUGAGAAAGACCUCCAAUCCCUACCCCCCCGCGGACCUCUCCUAGGGGUUGGUUUCCAACCCCCGGCGCCGGGCCCGUUGGCAACUCCAAAAGAACCACCCUCCAUGCCUUCUUGCAUAUACCAGCCGAACCCUUUUGAAGCCGUCGAGGACCUCAGGACCUUUCGCAAAUACAUGCUCAUAUUUUUACCCCUGGUACACUUGCCCGCCACCAUGACGUCCGAGGCGCUGAAGGAGUCGUAUCCCUUCCUAUGGUUUAGCAUCAUGACCGUCACCUACAAGCAUGUAGAUCGACGUCUUGCCAUGAAUGAAGCGGCAACAAAGUUCCUGGCCCAGAAGAUGGUCGUCGACCACGAGAAAAGCCUCGACUUGCUUCUUGGUCUAAUUGUCAUCAUGGGAUGGGCGCAUUAUUACCUCAACAAGGAUAAACCAAUACUCUCCGUUAUGGCAUCUCUCGCAAAGUCUCUGGUCUUUGACUUGUCCCUCAACAAGCCCCCGGCCGAGUCAUACAUUUCCUCCUGCUCGAAAAUUCCGGUCCCCCCGGCAAAGGAAAAUACCCUCGAAGAGCGGCGAGCCGUUCUUGCAUGCUUUCUUGUUACCUCACAAAUAUCUCAAUCCAUCAAGCGGAUAGAUGGGCUGGCCUGGACACCGCACAUGGACGACUGUCUCCAAAUCCUCUCACAGCAAAGAGAAUGGGAAGGGGAUGACUUAUUGGUAGCCCAAGUCAAGGUCCAAUUAAUAGCCGACCAAGUGACGCGUGCCGCGUCCCAGUCUGCGGAUGGCAUUCCUCCAGGCUACGUCCGUUCUUCACUCCGGACCCAGCUGCAAACCAUGAGAACUCAACUUCCAGUCCACCUACAACACAACGACACUAUCCUCAGUCACAUAUGCUACAGUGAGCUUGUCAUUCAGGAAACUGCCAUCACCGAACCAAAAUCGGCUUUCAACCCCACAAUGUCCAACAUGCAGCGUUAUGAGGCGAUGGAAGCAUGUCUCGAUGCUGUACGCGGCUGGUUGGACAGACAUUUCUCCAUCCCUAGCUAUGUGUACAUCGGCAUGACGUUUAGCUACUGGUGGAACUUAGCCCACUGCCUCCUCGUGUUAUACAGGCUCUCGAUACUUGAUGAGCCGGCCUGGAACCGCCGCGCCGUGAGGGACCGCAUAGAUCUUCUCGCCACCCUCGAUCAACUGGGGGCCGGGUUCGACGAGCUAGCAGCGCAGCGGCAGCCCAACACUGGCCCAACACUUGACGACGACCCGUUUUCCAAGUUUGCCAAAAUGAUCCGGUCGAUGAAGACAAACUGGCUCCCCGGGCUAGCUGCGACUGAGGGGAACUCGGGCUCGAGCGCGGCCACAGCGACCGAAGCGUUUAUCGACAAUAGCGCCGAGGGGCUGAGUGUGCCGUUCUUUCAGCCAGCAGAAGACUCGGAGACGUGGAUCGCUGGCCUCUCCGGCCUUUUUGAUAUGAAUUGGGAUGCCUGAGGUACCGUUCAUGGCAAGAAGCCAGAGAAACAAAGGAAACGGGAUUAUCAUUGCUUGGGUAUC